AUGGAUGUCAGAGGGUUAAUUGAAAGCCUAAAGGAGGAUCUCACUUGCUCUAUAUGUCUGGGUUACUUCACUGACCCAGUGACUGUCAAAUGUGGCCACACCUUUUGCACACAGUGUCUUCUCCAGUGUAGGAAGGGAGGUGAUGACACAUUCACCUGCCCAGAGUGCAGAGGACUCAUAAAUUACAGAAAUUUCAUACCCAACAAGAGCCUGCAGAAUCUUUCUAUCACUGGCAAAAUGCUCAGGCCUCAUUUACUGCAGAGCAUGGUGGGCCUGACCACCUGUGAUCAACAUGGGGAACAAAAGAAGCUCUUCUGUGAGGAAGACCAGAGACCCCUCUGUGAGUCUUGUUCAUUAGCCCCAGAGCACAAGCAUCAUCAUGUUCUUCCCAUGGACAAGGCUACUGAAAAAUACAAGGAGGACGCAAAUUCUCUCAAACAAUCAGUUAUUUCUGAAUAUGAGAAAAUUUACCAGUUCUUACGGAAGGAAGAAAAGCAACACCUGCUAAGAUUGGGACAGGAAUUCAGAAACAACAUGGCCAAACAUAAAGUGAACAAAGCCAAACUAUUACUAGAAAUCCAAAAACUCCAAAGAAUGGUAUUAGAUGUGGAGGACAAUUUGGACAAGGCACCAUCAGAAAUGUUUCGGGUUAUGAAAAUCCCAUUUGAAAGGAAUGAGGAGCAGCUACUUCAAGAAGUGAACGUUGAUUCCUCUAUCUGGAGCACCUGGCCCAUCACUUGCUUGAGAGAAAUGCUCAAGAACUACCAUAGGGAUAUCACUCUGGAUCCUGAAACAGCCAAUCCUCAUCUCAUCUUGUCUGAAGAUAUGAAGCAUGUCAAGUGUGGAAGUUUCCUACAGAUCCUGCCUGACAGUGAAGAAAUAUCUGUGGAUUCUUUUAUUGUAUUGGGGGCCCAGACCUUUACCUCAGGCAAACACUAUUGGGAAAUAGAGUGGGGAGAUAAUACAGAGUGGGAAGUGGGUGUCUGUAAAGUUUCAGCCAUCCAAAAUGGGAACCUUUCCAUAUUACUUGAGGAUAUAUGUGCACUAGAAGGCUACAGAUGUGUAAAUGAUUUCUUCUUCUGGAAAUUACAACAUGGCCAUUUUGUGAGUGAGCCCAUAGAUAAGAUGGGCAUUUUACUUGAUUAUGAAAAGGGACAUAUAGCAUUUUACAAUGUCAUAGAAGAAAACCUUAUCUUCAGUUCCUCAGAAAUGAACUUUCAAGGGACUCUUCGCCCUUACUUUGCUCUUUCCCGUCAUAAUGAAGAAGGAACUCUUGCAUCACUCAGUAUAUGUCCCAGGAGCAAUAAGUGA